AUGGCCACCUUGAUUCUGGACAGCGAUGAGGAAGAGGAUGUGGUCAUUCUCUCGGAACUCCCAGCGCCGAAACCAACGAAGCUGGCCCCAUACCAUGCUACCUUGGGCAAGUGUGAGAGUCGAAGUCGAAUUGCCGGAUUAAGGUUGAAGAAGCAGAAGCAAUCUGAAGCUGAAAAGGCGAAAGAAUUGGCCGUGAAGGCGAAGGCUGCGAUGGAGACCUUGUCCGAGGGUUGGUGCGGUGUCCCGGUGUCCGGGAAGGCGCCCCCGGCGAAGCCAAAGCCGCCGACCAAGAAGGCCAGGUCGACCGCAGCGGCCGGCGCUCCCAGCGAAACGGCGGCCGUGGUGAGGGAGCUUUGCUAUCGUGUUCGGACGGCCGGAGACUAUCCAGCGGCCCUUUGCGCGGAAUGCCGACGUCCACUGGAUGCGCAGGGGCGCGAUGUGGCGGUGGUGGAAGUGGAACGACCCUGGCGGCGUCAGCUCUGGGCCCCGGCGGGGCUGAUCCAGCGGCCCAUGGAAGUAAGGACCAGCACUGAGACCCAUGGCGUCCUUCGUUCCAUUGGCCUCGCCCCGCGUGCCCGACCCGCUCGGCCGUUGCGACCGGCCGCGGACGGCGAGCGUGUGGCCCGUGGCGCCUCUGCCCGGCAGAUGGCCGUGGCUGCCGCCCUCCGCGCGGUGCGCCGCGCAGCCGACGACGCGGCGGGCAUCCGCCGCCCGCGGCGUGUGGCGGCGACGGCGACGGCCAAGUCGUCAGCUCUGCUGGAGGCGCUGCUGGAGGUGCUACCGCCGGCGCAGCAUGCGCAUCGGGAAGACAUCCCCAAGGGAGAGUACUGCGCGAUUUGCCACGGGAAGCUCUUCAAGAGGUCUCGAAAGAUACGGUCCUUGCCAUGUGGUCACACGUUUCACGACUCCUGCAUCCUCCCAUGGCUGUCGAAGAGGGCGACUUGCCCGUUGGACCGCAGUGACUUCAGUGAUCUGCUGAAAGAAAAGUGAGCGACCAUGUACCAACGAAGGGUGGGACCCUGUGUGAACGACUGGUGGGACCCUGGUCCAGGGAUGACCCUGAUCCUUCAGAACCAAAGACUUGAUGGCGCGCACCUCUAGAACUGGGAAAUCAGUUCGCUUACUCAGUGACACAAGAUGGGGUCAGAAGCGGUUUUGGCCCAAACUAUGGACAUGCAGAGUCGUUUUUGCCCGGGUAGGCAGUCAUUUGAACAGCUGUGUCAAGCAGCUUGGUGUCUUCGUUUACGGCAGCUAGCACAACAGCUGUUUGUGCUUGAGACUUAGAGC